AUGGCCUCUGAUGCGGGUUCACCACCACUGACAGCAGUCAAGGAAAUUAUCAUUGACAUUUCAGACGUAAAUGAUUUUCCACCAGUGUUUUCUCAACGCUCGUACACAGUCUAUGUGAAAGAGAAUUAUCCACCUGGUAAAAUAUUAUGUUCAGUGUCAGCUACGGAUCCAGAUUUGGGAGACAAUGCCAAGAUCUCAUACUCCAUCCUGGACUCCAAGGUGCAGGACGUGUCUGUGUCCUCCUAUGUGUACAUGAACUCUGAUAACGGCAGCAUCUACAGCAUGCACUCGUUCGACUAUGAGAGACUCAAGGUGUUUCAGAUUCAGGUGCAGGCAAAGGACCACGGCUCUCCAUCUUUGAGCAGCAACGCCACUGUCCAUGUUUUUAUCCUGGACCAGAAUGAUAAUGCCCCUGCUGUUAUUUACCCCUCCGCUGCCCUGGGCUCGCUCUCUCAUCAGAAGAUGCCCCGCUCCGCUAAAGCAGGCCACCUGGUUACCAAGGUGACGGCCGUGGACGCAGACUCGGGCCACAACGCUUGGAUCUCCUAUAAACUGGCGGAGGCCACAGAUGCGUCUCUGUUUAGUGUCAAUAUUUACACUGGGGAGGUGAGGACUAAACGUGCUGUGUCUGAGCAGGAUGAUUCUUCUCAGAGGCUGCUUAUAGAGAUUAAAGACGACGGGGAGCCGGUCCAGUCAACCACGGUCACGGUGGCCAUACUGAUAGAGGACGGGCUACACGAGCCAACGUGUACAAAGUCUCAUUAAGAGAAGAUAGCGUAAAAGGAAUUUCUAUAAUCAAGCCCAAGGCCACCGAUGCUGAUGACGGACUUAAUGG